ACUAUCCCUCCUUCUUAAUGAGCCUAAAUGUGAAGUUUUUAAAUGAACUUAAACGGAAAGAAGUAAAGCGGAUUUAAAUAGGAGACUGGGAGACAAGAAAUAGAUGCAAAAUAAAGUUUGAGCUACAGUGGUUAUGCUUAACUUCCUAAAAACACUGCCCACAACUAACAUCCAUAACAUAAUCUUCGUAGAACUAUAAGUAUCCACUUCAAAUUCCGAAUUUUUAAGCUAGAUACAGUAAUAUCUUCCUAAUUCAUAGACUAGUUUUAGUUAUCUCUCUCACAUAACAAUGAGAACCAAAGUAUUAUUACUUAUUAUUCAGUGCUUUAGCUUUACAUUAGUAGUUGCACACCUCAAUUAUGCUGAUUCUAUAAAAGCCAUUGCAAAUAAUCGAAUUCAGCCUAAUGAUGAUAGUCAAGGCACUGUUUGGUUCAACACUACAGGCUAUAGUUUAGAAGAAUACGGUUUUCCUAUGAUUGACGAUUAUGGUAUUCAUACUUAUUCAUCAUUUAAUUAUCUUAAGAAAGUAUUGGGAUUAGCAAACAUCGCUCUUGAAAAUGGAAUACACGGAGAUUACGUAUUUUUACUUUAUAAAUUCCUUUAUGGUGGUCAACAUGAACCUACAUCAAUUAAUCCAUCUUCUGACAUGGUCAAAGAUAUGAUCAAAGAUCUUAACCCAAAAUUUAACAGAAGACACGGAAGUGAUAAAUUGUUAGAGAUACUCAACAAUACAGCCUCUAUUCCUGAAUUGCAAGAUCUUUAUAACCUUGUAGCUGAUGCAACACUUAUACAUGCCUUUGAAGAUUGGGAUAAUGAAUAAUAUCCUUUUUGUUCAUCAAAGGCUAGCGAUCUCUAAUUAACUCUAAUAUCUGAAACAUCAUGUUUUCUUUAUAUGUUUCUUAUAUUAUGAUUUCCUAAAUAAUCUGGAAUAGUCCCAUUUAUAGUUGUAAAUCAAAAAAAUAUAUUUAAUUCUUCUAUAGCAAGUUUAAAUU